AACCAUCGCGGCCCGGGCGCGGGGGGGGGGAGUGGGCGAGUCCACGUCGGCGGAGCCGGCGCUGAGCGCGAGAGGCUCCAGAAUGGACGAGCCCCGGCCCCAGGACUUGCAGGAGGCGCCGGAGCCGCUGUCGGGAGGCUCCGUGCCGGUGCCGGUGCCGGUGCCGGAGCCCCCCGAGGACGGGGACGAUGCCGACACGGCCCAGCUCCUGGCGGGGCAGCGGCAGCCCCGGGGCUUCUGGACCUUCGAGUACUACCAGGCGUUCUUCGACGUGGACACGCGGCAGGUGCUGGAGCGCAUCAAGGCCUCGCUGGUGCCGGUACCGGGCAAGAACUUCGUGCGGCACCGGCUGCGCAACAACCCCGACCUGUACGGCCCGUUCUGGAUCGGUGCCACGCUCGCCCUGGCCCUGGCUCUCAGCGCGGAUCUGUCCCAGCUCGGCCCGGCCCGGCCCGGCCCCGCCCACCGGUACCGGCCCCGCUUCCACCUCGUGCCCGUGGCCCUGAGCCUGGUGUUCUCCUACGCGGGGCUGCUGCCCCUGGCGCUCUGGGGGUCCCUGCGCUGGGCCCGGGGGGGCUCGGGGGGCUCGGGGGGCUCCUUCAGCCUCCUGCAGACCCUCAGCGCCUUCGGCUACUCCCUGAGCGGCCUCGUGCCCGCCGCCGUGCUGUGGGCGCUGCCCCUGGCCUGGCUGCGCUGGGCCCUGCUGGCCCUGCUGGCCCUGCCCGGGGCCACCCUCGCUGUCACCUUCUGGCCCCCCCUGCGGGCCGGGGGCCGGGGGGCGGCGCUGGCCGGGGGGGCGGCGCUGCUGGCCCUGCACCUGCUGCUGGCCCUGGGCUGCCAGCUCUACUUCCUCGAGCCCCUCCCCACGGCGGGAUCGGGAUCCGGGGGGGCCCCCACGGGGGGGGAUCCCCCCCUCCAACGCCUCCCACCCCUCAGGCUGAGGGGGGGCUGGGCCUGGGGACCCCCCGGAUGGAGGGGACCCCCCCCCCCAUGGCCCCCCCGGACCCCCCCCAAACCUCGCUGGGCUGCACGACCCCAAUAAAACAAAACCGGGGAGACUCC